UAAGGGUAUCCCAAGUCCCGACCCUCGUUCACCAGCGGUGGCCGCUUCCGUGGUAGCGAACUCAAGAACAAGAAUUCUUGUUUCUCUCCUCCUCCCAUCCGAAAGCUAGAACACAACAUCGUUCUCCAUUUCCAUUUCAUUGGUCCGAUGUCGUCGCCGGCGUACGAAGGAGGUUCCGGCGGGUAUAUCAAGCGGCGGCUAUUCAAGAACUCAGCAAGAACGCCGUACGAACGGCCACCAUCGGCAGCACGCGCCGUCCGUAGUAUCGCAGCUGUAAAGGGGAAUGACGGCCGCUGGCUUCCCACGUUCAUGGAGCCGGUGUCGCGAUUCAUCACAAGGACCGCCUGCAGGCUUCUCUCCUCCGUUCUUCCUAAACGGCUUUCUGCGCCGUCAGGUGUAGAGGAAAAACAUCUUGUUAUGAUUGAUACACCUGCAGUGAUUUUGGCUGAGCAAAUUAAACUGGCUGAUUGUCACAGUUUGAUCACUUCAAAAUCAGUUGGAAUUUCUGAUAUUGAGCAGUUCAUCAGUCAGAGAUGGUUUACAAGGAAAGUUUUGUUUUUGCUUUUUUUCUAUUUCAUGUACCAUGCAACAUAAUA